CCGGUUCAAACGUCGAACUUUACAUGUGCCGAACCUAAUAGCAAUUCGGGUCGACUCGAAUAAUUAGGUUCGGCAGUUGAUUCAAACGUCGAACCUAAAUAUGUCGAACUUAAUUGAGAAACUGAACAUGACUCUACUGCGGUCAGCGGUUAUUGCUUACCAAAAUGGCGGAAAAAAAUGUGGCAAAUACAAAUGCUGGAAAUGAAGAGCUUGUUUUUCUUGCAAAUGCGAUCAAGGAGGGUAGAAAAAGGCGACUUAAGAUGCAGUUGGCAUUAAACAACCUUGCUGCCAGGAGAAGACGAGUUUUGAAUUUGGCUUGCCUUGUAUUAUUGCUUAUUUCCCAUAGGAACGUCACAGUUCCUCGUCCAGUUCGUUCGUGUCGUCGGCUAAAAAGAAAUUCUGGCUGGUGGCAAAAUGUUUGCAACAUCUAUUCAGACGCAAGAUUCAAAAAAACCUUCAGAGUAUCUAGGGGGACAUUUAAUUUCAUCCUGAGACGUAUUGAACCCUUCCUUAUUCGGCAAACUGUGACGGAAGAACCGAUAUCACCAGCGCUGAGGCUUGCUAUUUGUCUGUAUAGACUAAGCCGAGGAGAUUAUUUCUAUACCAUCGCCGAAAUGUCUGGACUAGGCGUCUCCACAAUUUCCUCAAUUUGUCAGGAAGUCUGUCAAGUCUUGGUGGACCAUUUAUGGAACGAGAAUGUGUCAAGUCACAUGCCCCAAACUGAAGAAGAGUUUAAACAAAAAAUUCUUGACAUGGAAGAAUUCUGGCAAUUUCCAUGCUGUUGGACAGCAUCGGAUGGCUGCCAUAUUCCUAUGAAAUGCCCGCCUGGAGGACUUCAGUCAUGCAAAGAGUACCAUAACUUUAAAAAUUUCUAUUCCAUUGUACUGAUGGCAAUGGUAGACUCACAUUACAGAUUUGUGUGGGGUAGCUGCGGGUUUCCAGGAAAUUCUCACGACGCAGUUAUUUUUAGAUCAACCGACCUUUGGACCCGUAUCCAAGAAGGCCUCAUUCCAGUAAUUGGAAAAACUGUAGGAGAUGUUACUGUUCCACCACUUGUAGUGGGGGACUCUGCAUUCCCUCUACGAACAUGGUUGAUGAAACCAUAUACUAAUGCAAUUCUGACCCCCAAGCAACGUUACUUUAAUUACCGCUUAAGCAGAGCUCGCAUGGUUACAGAGGGUGCUUAUGGGCAGCUCAAGGGUAGGUGGAGGGUCCUACUCCGAAAGAGUGAAAGCAGUCAAGAUAAUGUCCGCUUAACAACAUUGGCAUGUAUGGUUCUCCACAAUAUAUGCAUUGCACGAGGAGAUGCCAUUUCAAAAAAGCUUGAUUUGAGUUUGGAUGCAAAUGGUCAAAAGAGAAAUCGUGAGGAAAUAAGAAAACUGUUGCAGAUGAGAAAUUGUUCAAGCAUCAGAGAUGUGUCACUGGAGGCAAAAAAAGUAAGGAAUGCACUAUGUGAAAAACUAUGGCUUGAGAAGGAAACUGGCAAAGUCUGUUAAUUCAGUACUGAUACAUUUACUAUUUUCACCAAAUUAUUUUCAUAUGAUUGUAUCAAGUGCAAGAUUUAAUUAGCCUGCACAGAAUAUCAUGGUUUUUUUGUUACGAAAUUAGUCACUAAGAAACCAUUUCAAAAUUGUACAACUGUUUCACUAACUCAAAAACUAAGUUGUAUCCAGCUUGAUCUGAUUUUAUCCUUCAAAUAUUUUAUUUCAACAAAACAACAGAUCUUUCUUAUACUAAGAUAACAUUCUCUUCCCCUUUCGAUACAAGUGUAACCAUUUUUUUUAUUCAGUUAACCAGUUAUAAAUUUCAUACAAUUUGUUAAAAUCAAUGUUUUUUUAUUUAUCUAUCUUAGUAACAAGAUCUACACAUUUAACCAUGAGAUUAUCGUUAACCAUCUUUCAGAAUACUUCAUUCACUGACAUACAACGCACUCAGCAAUCAUUUCCAAGAAUACACAUAACCUUCUACUUCCUGCUAAUCAAGAAAAGAGAAAGAUUUAUUCAAUUAAUAAUGAAUAAUAAAAAUGAUUCAAAAUCAUUCAACUUUAAAUAAAAUUGUACUGAAGAAGAUGAAUAUUUCUAUCUACAUUGUUGGUUUCCCAGUCCCCCCGUUUAAAUCGGUAUUAUCUAUCAUAACCAGAUAUGAUGAACACUGUUUCAUUUCAUCAUAAAUCAUUAUGCUAGGGGUAUCACUCGCUGACCAAACGAGCUCAUUGUUGCUGGGAUUUAAGAAAAAAUAACACAACAUCUGGUCAAAGUUCUUUAAGUUAAACAAUUAACUACACA